AUGAGAGUCUUUUCAUCGACGUGCACAUUCGAUUAUUCGUGGGAAGAGGUUUCUGCGGCAAAUUGGCGCAAAUAUUGUCCAUGGAAUGACAAGUCUACACAUGUCGUGGCAGUAGACACCCUAUCUCGGGCAGUCGAUGCUGAUACUGGCAUUCUGCGGACAGAGCGUCUGAUCACCUGUAACCAAUCAGUGCCGCAAUGGGUUCUUUCCCUCUUUGGAGGCAGUGCUACGUCGCAUGUUUACGAAGUGUCCUACGUCGAUCCUAUCUCGAAGAAGGUUACGAUGUGUUCGACCAACCUUACAUGGUCCAACGUUUUGAACGUCAAGGAGACUGUUAUCUAUCAGCCGUCGCCGUCAAACCCAUCCUCGACUACCGAUUUCAACCAAGAGGCGAAGAUUACUGCCCUGUGUGGCGGAUGGCAGAAAAUAAAAAAUAAGGUAGAAGAGGCUAGCGUGGAGAGAUUUAGUCAAAACGCGAAGAAGGGCCGAGAAGGGUUCGAGGCUGUUCUUGAGAUGAGUCGCCGAGUUUUCAGUGAACAACGCGAACUCGAGAGCAACAAGCUCCAAUCCUAA